UCCGGCCGGCGCGACCCUCUCCCGGAAGUUACGUCAGAGUGUCAACAUGCAAGAUGGCGGCCCAUCACCGGCAGAACACGGCCGGGCGGAGGAAAGUGCAGGUCUCCUAUGUUAUUCGAGAUGAAGUGGAGAAGUAUAAUCGGAAUGGGGUCAAUGCCCUGCAGCUGGAUCCAGCCCUGAACAGACUCUUCACAGCUGGCCGGGACUCCAUCAUAAGAAUAUGGAGUGUCAACCAGCACAAGCAAGACCCAUACAUAGCGUCUAUGGAACACCACACCGACUGGGUCAACGACAUUGUGCUCUGUUGUAAUGGGAGAACAUUAAUAUCGGCCUCCUCUGAUACAACAGUGAAAGUAUGGAACGCACAUAAGGGGUUUUGCAUGUCAACUUUAAGGACACAUAAGGAUUACGUCAAGGCCUUAGCCUAUGCCAAGGAUAAAGAACUGGUCGCAUCAGCUGGCUUGGACAGACAGAUAUUCCUUUGGGACGUGAACACUCUUACAGCACUGACUGCCUCAAAUAACACAGUCACAACUUCUUCUUUAAGUGGGAACAAAGAUUCCAUUUAUAGCCUGGCCAUGAAUCAACUGGGAACAAUCAUUGUAUCAGGGUCCACUGAGAAGGUUCUGAGGGUGUGGGACCCAAGAACCUGCGCGAAGCUCAUGAAGCUGAAAGGGCACACCGACAACGUGAAGGCGCUGCUGCUCAGCAGAGACGGCUCACAGUGCCUCUCGGGUAGUUCCGAUGGGACCAUUCGCCUUUGGUCUCUUGGCCAGCAGAGAUGUAUAGCAACCUACCGAGUCCAUGAUGAAGGUGUCUGGGCUCUGCAAGUCAAUGAUGCCUUCACACAUGUGUACUCGGGAGGAAGGGACAGGAAGAUUUACUGUACAGACCUAAGGAACCCUGACAUCCGGGUGCUAAUUUGUGAAGAAAAAGCACCAGUUCUCAAGAUGGAACUCGACAGGUCGGCUGACCCGCCUCCUGCCAUCUGGGUUGCAACAACUAAGUCUACAGUAAAUAAGUGGACACUGAAGGGGAUUCAUAAUUUCCGAGCAUCUGGUGAUUAUGACAAUGACUGUACAAACCCCAUAACACCCCUCUGUACGCAGCCCGACCAAGUCAUCAAAGGGGGUGCUAGUAUUAUUCAGUGCCACAUCCUCAAUGACAAGAGACAUAUAUUAACCAAAGAUACCAAUAAUAAUGUGGCGUACUGGGAUGUACUGAAGGCAUGUAAAGUUGAAGAUCUUGGCAAAGUAGAUUUCGAAGAUGAAAUCAAGAAAAGAUUUAAGAUGGUGUAUGUGCCAAACUGGUUCUCAGUAGACUUAAAAACAGGGAUGCUGACAAUCACUCUGGAUGAAAGCGACUGCUUUGCUGCCUGGGUCUCAGCAAAGGAUGCCGGUUUCAGCAGCCCUGAUGGCUCAGACCCAAAAUUGAACUUAGGAGGACUUUUACUCCAGGCAUUGCUAGAAUAUUGGCCUAGAACACACGUGACUCCAAUAGAUGAAGAAGAAAAUGAAGUAAACCACGUAAACGGGGAGCAGGAGAACCGCGUGCAGAAGGGAAAUGGCUACUUUCAAGUGCCCCCACACACUCCUGUGAUCUUCGGUGAAGCUGGAGGCCGCACGCUGUUCAGGCUGCUGUGCCGAGAUUCCGGGGGUGAGACCGAGUCCAUGCUCCUCAACGAGACAGUGCCGCAAUGGGUCAUUGACAUCACUGUGGAUAAAAAUAUGCCCAAAUUCAACAAAAUUCCUUUCUACCUCCAACCUCAUGCAUCUUCAGGAGCAAAAACCUUAAAAAAAGAUAGACUCUCUGCUAGUGACAUGCUUCAGGUCCGGAAGGUAAUGGAACAUGUUUAUGAGAAAAUUAUCAACUUGGAUAAUGAGUCACAAACCACUAGCUCUUCUAAUAAUGAAAAACCAGGAGAACAGGAAAAAGAGGAAGAUAUUGCUGUAUUGGCAGAGGAGAAAAUUGAGCUUCUGUGCCAGGACCAGGUUUUAGACCCAAACAUGGACCUUCGGACAGUGAAACACUUCAUCUGGAAGAGUGGUGGUGACCUCACCCUCCAUUACCGCCAGAAGUCCACGUGAGGGUGGGCUCAUACUCCUGGGUAAUCAUCGACCUUCCUCUGUGGCCCCAAGAGUAGUCCUAGGAAGCCCACUGAGCCCCCACGGGAGCAAGACUUCCUCCCUCAACCGGUUUGGUGUGGACCGAGAUUAUCUUUCAGUUGAAGUGACUAUCGAUGUACUAUAGAUACCAGUCUCCAUGCGUAGAUCAAGGUGUCUCUGGGAGGCGGAUGCAAGAGAAUAGCCCCAGGCGCAUGGUCUUGGAGGUGUACAGAGAGCCAGAGAACCGAACCUACAACCGGCCAGUGCAGACUGCUUCCUCUUUUUCUUUCAAAGGACCUGAUCCGUCUCUUAGCACUUGUUAGAGAAUGUCGGUGGGGUCUCAUCUCACUGUGCUUUCAUUUCCAACCCACAGGCUCUGUAGCUUUUCUAAGAGUACAUUCCAUUCACACAGCACCUAUGAAGGCUUUUUCCAAGUUUGUCAUAAAAGAAAACCAAGUUGGUUUCAGCAUUUGGGUUAUUUUACAUGGGAGCUUGCUGUUGCAUAAGCCAAAAGCCUGCCCAUUUCACAAGAAGUGGCCAGCGUUGGGUCUCCCCAAUGUCUUGUGAGACCUGCUGAAGCCCUGGUGCUGGGACACAGCACUCAGAAUUCCGGACCAGUUGGCACAGCAGCCCAUGCUUACCAGUGCUGCCCCAUAAUGCCCUGGGAGCCAUCCCUCUCCCUUCCAGUGCCAGGCCUCACAAGCAAGGGCAGUGGAGGCCUGCAGCUUCUCGCCCUGGGUGACAAGCCUGACACCGUCAAAACUUAAGACCGAAAUUGCAAUUUCAUCAACUGCUACCUAAAGUUCAUGUCGUCAGUAAGGAUAGAGUUGGUUUGCUAUUUACAUCACAGAAGUGUACAUAUUUGUUUUUCCAGUUUUUUAUGCAGGGUAUCCAUAUCUUUCCACUGCUGUUUCUAACAACCAGAAGCCUCACAAGUCACCUGGAUCUUGUACAGAAAUUUAACUUAUUGGGGAUAAACACUUGCAACUUUUGGCAGAAAAUAACUUUGGAUUCUUCCCAAGGUCGUUUGUACUCAGCAUAGGUCAGUGGUCCGCCCCUGAGCCCACAGCAGACGAGCCUCGCGUGAAGCCAGAAGCACAAGUGCCUUCCGAGGGCCGCUCACCCGGCCGUCCUCCCCGCUUGAGCGUGGCCGUCGCCACAGCACUAGGGACUGGGGAGGGGGCAGGAAAGUUUUUCCUUUUUUACAUCUUCACGGGUUCUGCUGAGGGCAGCUGACAGACCCAGGUCCGGACCUUACAUACUAAGAUGUUCUGAUCCGCACAACUGCUUGUUCAGUGCCGGCCAGCUAGCUGUGGGAAGUGGACAAGUCAUGGUUCCCUGCACCUUAGAGAAGUGAGCCAAGACAUAGCCCCUUCCCAAGGAGCCACAACGGUCUUCUCCUUCCUCACAGAGCUAAUAAUGGCUUCUUUUUAAGUCCUUUCUAUCUGUCUGUUGAAUACAACAGUGUGCUUUCAGUGCACAUUUUUUAGCAAUAGUUGUAAACUAAUAGCAAAAUAAUAAUACACCCAGGUCUCAUGUGUCUUCAGGAAGGGGCCUGUGCACUAUAGGGGCAGGGUCACCAGCCCUGUGUGCCGAGCCCUUCCUGUCAUAGAUCUGACCCCAGCAUGGUUAUGCUUCUUUUUCUCCUCCAGUCAAAAACCAGUAAUUACAGUUUCCAGGUCUGCAAUGCCAAAAGGGUCAAAAUCUGUAUUUCACAGUUGUAUAGAAUAAAGGCUUUUAGUUAUAAUA